UGUGUGUGUGUGUGUGAGGGAGGGGCGGUGGGGGGUGGAAGUGCAACCAGCUGCUGAAACCAAGCAGAUCAGUUGAGCAAACCAAAAGGCACAAAGUAGGGAUGUACCUUAGGCUGACACAUUUAUAAUUAAACAACUGCUGUACUGUGGUUUACCUUUAAAAUUAAUAUUAAUACCAAUAAUAGUGUUAAGGUAUGUGCACACACUCAUACAAACAUAUAAAUAUAUAUCAUAUACACACACAUAUGCUUUUUUCUUUUUUUUUAUUCUUAUAUGUAAUCUCAUACUACUUAAUAAUAGACAUGACAUACAACACCCCAAUUUCCAUAUUUACACAUUAUUGAUAUUGGUAGAGAUAAGUAUCAUUAAUACUUAAAGUUGGGUUUAAAGCCUGUUUAUCAGCUCAGGUGUUGAGUGUCCCACUACAAGGUUAGUAAAGCUGUACAUGUAGCUUAACAUUGUUCACGCAAAGGGUGAGGCAGACGUUGGUGCAUGAGAAUGCCACUUGUGAAAGCCAGGGUGAUGUGAGGAGCUCGGCCACUACGUCCAUCCAACAAGCAGAGGAAAGAAUCCUAGCAGCCAGGGAGCCCACGCACCUUCAGUUCCAGGAGGGCAGGUGUUGCGACCCAAGCCGCCCACACAGAACCCCCCAGGCAGAGCUGCAGCAGCCACAGAGACAGCACCCCAGGUCAGAGUGGGCCACCGUGGGUCAACGCUGUCCGCCCCAUGAGAACCAGAGGCAAACACUUCCCCCAGUGGGAUUUUAUUUUUUUCAAUUUAUUUUUAUUUAUAUAGCGCGUGAGGGCUUUCAGAAUAAGAAUUGGGAAGGGAUGGUUGAAAAAGUCAGUGCCUGACUGUCUAAGUGGACCUGGAACCGCCCCCAGGUGUCUUAUAGGGGUAGGGUGUUGGAAGGAGGCCAGGGAUAGGUGAACCUGAGUCGUGUGGCGGUUUGAAUACAACAUUUCUGUGGCGCCGGUGGAGAAAUAGUUAGCUAACUUUACUAGCUAGCCCAAGUUACGUUAAGGUUUACGUUUCCAGGUUCGAGGUUUCCAGGUCAGAUGUGGGCGGAGUUUGCAUGCACUGUUUGAGGUGUUUGAGUUUGCGUCACUGAUCUGAGAUCAGAAUUACGAGCGCUGUUUUAAGGGUAGGGGUGGGGUCUACUUGCACAUCUCAUGAAUUUUCAGUUUUACACUGAAGAGGAGGUCAUUAAGUUAAUUCUUGUAUGCAAAAGACCUGAAGAAUUGUCCGAUGGCUCUCCGUCUGUAAAGGAUCAAACACCUUCUGUAUCAUGAGCCACAAAUAUGGGGAGAAAGCGGCAGUUCUCCUUUGCAGGGUUAUGCAUUUGCGUUUCAAGAAGCAUCCUUUUCUUUUAGAUGUGAAUGAGAUGGACCUAUCACUUACCUCAUGUUUUUAUCAACCAUCAAAACAAACUCAAACACUCAGGCCACCACUGGCAGACAUACUUAAACUCACAACAGAAAACAAAGUCAAAGAAAAUUCUCAGGCCACAACAGGCAGGUUACUUAAAUUUAAAACAAACACAUAAUUAAAGAAACACUCAAGCCACAAGAGACAGACAAAAAAAAAUCAAGGUAGAACCCGUUUUAAGCACAAUACAACUACAACAAAAAACACUCAAUGAACAGAAUAAUGAACAAACAAAACAAAUUAGGAAGAAUUAUUAAAACGUAAGAUAAGGCGUUGCAAGAACAAACAAGAGCUAGCAACAUGGCAUAAACAAACGUGGCUAAGGCAUGGCAGGCAUGAGCAAAUGUGGCUAAGACAUGAACAAACUUGGCCAAGGCAUAGCAUGAACAAAAAGAGGCUACUACAAAGCAUAAACAAUAGACAGUUGCUUUGCACGUCUUACAAUAUAUGCCAAACAAUGCUUGACUAACCGGCAACAGUACCCAUCAAUAGUCCAUGUACGUAGUGGUGUGGUAGAGCCAGCCAAGGAUCAUGGCUGGUUUCACAGGAGAGGAGCUUGGUAGCCAAAAGCUUUGCCUCCCAUUCUACAUUUAAAGAGUCUAAGUACCACAAGUAGCCCAAUGCUCUGAGAACCAAAUGUUCUGCCGGGAGCAAAAGGAAAUACGGAUAAUUUUAAAUUCUGUCCUACAUUUUACAGUGCAGAGAAGCUAUUGUAGGAUUCAGACUUCAGAUUUCAGAGACACGCACCUGGGUUCGCGAGCAUGAGCCAACAGCAGGAGUGGAAACAGCAGGAGCAGCGAAACUGUCUCAACAGUACCUGAAUGUUCAUCGCGGGACUCCUUGCAUUCAACCACCAUCAGGUACUGGGCGCACCAACUCGGGGGUGGAAUGGGGAGGUGCAACGCCAGCAGACUCUGCACCAGGCCGGAAUCCGCCAGGAGGAAGACCCAAAAAUCUGGUGUGCUUUUACUGUCAACAGACAGGACAUAAAGCAUCUGUGUGCCCGACGCGCGAACCUAAGCUGUCGGGGUACUGUCCCAAGAGAAGGGGAUGUUAAGUGGUAUCCGCAGGCCGAAGUACUGGUGGAAGUACAAGGGCAGACGUACUUGCUAAUGGUGGCUGUAGUGGAUAGUCUACCAAAGGACAUGAUUUGAGCCGUGAUUUGCCAGUGUUGUGUUACUUAUUACAGAGCACUGAGAGGAGCGUUGGAAAUGUUGACUUGGUGUUACCAGUUCAUCUGUCCGACCUUUACACGGGCACAAGCCAGGGCGGGACUCCAACCUCUGCCAGACAUGGACGAAAGUCUGUUGCAGGGUGGGGACAGAGCCCCAAAAAAAUUACGCAGACUGAAACGUCUGGAGGAGUACCUGGGCACACCAACCUCAGAGGUUACUGCAGAGCACCCUGAGGGUAUUAAUUUGCAGGAACUAGAAAUAUACUCGGUCCCGUGGGCUGGUCACCUGGGUCAACAGAAAACAUUUGCACGUGUUAGCUCAAGGUUUCAUUAGCCAACGUUGUAUGCUGAUGUUCGCACCUACUGCAACUCUUGCCCAAUCUGUCAGAAAACCAGUGCUGUGCCAUGGCAACACAGGGCCCCAUUGCACCCUCUCCCUGUGCUUUCUGAGCUGUUUAGGCGGAUCACCAUGGACAUUGUAGGACCGCUGGAGGAAAGCAGUGCGGGACGCUACAUACUAGUUAUCAGUGACUACACGACAAGAUAACCAGAAGCCUUCCCACUGCGCACAGCAACUUCACUGAACAUCGUCCGUGCCCCAACUUUUCUCCCGGGUGGGAAUACCUAAAGAGAUCCUGACGGACCAAGGCACCAACUUUUCAUCGCGGCUCAUGGGCCGUUGUACCGGCAGUGACCCCAUACCAUCCACAGACGAACGGACCGGCACCGCGCGGACACGCCACGCUAAUAAAACACUGAGUAAUCCCUCACACAGACACCUAGCCGCAACCGGCAGACCAGGUCGCAGGGAAACACAGGAGAGGGAAGACCCCAAAUGCACGACCCAACACAGUCAAAUAAUUAACAUUAAAGGUUUAUUUAAAUACAACAAAACUCACUGCACAGCAGGAUCUAGUUCUAACACAAAGGAAGUAAACUAAAAAUCGCUGCAAUGCAGGAAAACACUAUGAAACAAACUAACUCACUAAACACUAAACGCUCCGUACACUACGGGCAAAAACCGACACAUAUAACACAAUACAUAACACAGGACAACUAACCACAGCACUGUCUAACAGGCUAAACAAAACAUGCUCCGUAACACGGGCAAAAUCCUAAACAUGAAACAUAAAACACAAGACACUCAAACCUUACGUGGUGACAGGACAUCAAAUCAAAACAAAGGAACUCCACUUCUAUAACUCUCCUCUCUUUAAACGUAACUUGGUGUAGCAUCCAGUGGCGGCCGACGGUGUAGGAGGCAGCGCCAUCGUGGCAGCUGAUGACGCCGAAGGCGAGGCCAGCAGUCCAAGCGACGAGACCAAGCCGUAGCAGACUGCAGACGUGAACGCAGCUCCGGGCCUCCGCUGGGCUGCAGCGAAGCACGCCGCUCCGGACCUCCGCCGGGCUGCAGGGCAGCACGCAGCUCCGGACCUCCGCCGGGCUGCAGGGAAGCAUGCAGCUCCAGACCUCCGCCGGGUUGCAGGGAAGAACAGUCCUCUUUGCUGCACCCUUGCCACUGGGGCGCUCACCAGGCGUGAUGCCGGAAUCAGCGGUGUCCGCACCUUGGAGCUGCCGUGACGAAACGUGGCCCCCACCAGACAACCACCAGGGACAGGCGGAAUCCCCUCCUUGGGACCGCCGUAAUCGGGAACCGAUGUGGCCUCCUCCGGACCACCACCAAGGACAAACGUGGUCUCCUCCGGACCACCAGGAACAGACGUGGCCUCCUCUAGACCACCAGUAACAGACGUGGCCUCCACCGGACCACCACCAAGGACGGACGUGGCCUCCUCCAGAGCACCAGGAACAGACGUGGCCUCCUCCAGACAACCAGGAACAGACGUGGCCUCCUCCAGACCACCAGGAACGGACGUGGUCUCUACCGGACCACCAGGAACAGACGUGGUCUCUACAGGACCCCCAGGAACAGACGUGGCCUCAACCGGACCACCACCAGGAACAGACGUGGCCUCAACCAGACCACCACCAAGGACGGACGUGGCCUUCUCCAGACCAAUACCAAGGCCCUCAGAGGUCAAACGUGGCUUGGCGACAGGAACAUGACGCGGUGAUGCCAUUGGAAACCCACGAAGCAAACCCACCCUCACACUGCUCUUGUAGGCCAGAUGAGGUGCUGGAACAGGUGAGCUGACCCGUGAUGCAGCAGGCAAACCGGAAGUUGCUACAAUGUUCUCUGUCCUUUCAACAGCCACGAUAAAAUGCACCUCCGAGGAGGUAAGUUCCUUAAUAGUCCGUUUAAAAUCCACCAUCCAUCACACUGUCCCUUCAGCUCCCUCCAUAUACUCCGAGCCUCGGAUGGAGAGAGACAAACAGCUCCGGGCACGGUCUCCAUUUGAGUGACGGAAGCCGUGGGCGGAGCUACGGCAGACACCGCUGCCGGGUGAGAGUCUGUUGGCGCCCCUGAAUUAAAAUACUCCACCGCUGUUCUGGCCGCUGCCAAAAAUCCAGACUGCAGUGCUCCGGCGAGCGUCCGGCCAGCUGGGCAGCCAACUCCUCCCGUACCGCGGGGAACCACGUGACCGGAACUCCCGGAAUUGCGUGGAACUGCGGCACGACUCCAAUUAGAUUGUCCAACCGAUUUAAUCCAUACAACCGGUCCCAGGGAGCCGACGAGGUGCACGCAGCCCCGACAUAGUCAAAAAACAGCCCCCAGACGCGAGGGCUGAUCUGCUCUGGUGCAGCCGAAGCCAUGAGGACACUCCGGUGCAAAGACGAAACAAAACAGAGCAGGAAAACAAAAGCACGAAUACAAAACACAGACAAGCUAACACAGACUAACACUUAGUUGGCUAGCUAACCUAAAACAAACACGAACUAAACACAAACUAUGGGUCGGCUGGGAUCUGGGUGGUUGGUGUGUUCUGUUACGAACUCGCCCCGUUGGUUCCGAACCGGCGGGGUUUGGCAGGGAACCUACUAAACACUUCCCCCGUCGUUUCCAAGCCGGCGGGGCUUGACGGAACCCUGAGACAGGAGAGGAGAUGCGGUGGAGAGGAGCAAUGACUGCAGCCGCUCCGAGCGGGGAAAACUACGGCUCUCACGGAGCCGGGGGGAGAACGCGCUCACACUGAGCGGAGGGUUCAGGCACCACGGCCGACGUGCCACCGGCACCGCGCGGACACGCCACGCUAAUAAAACAGAGUAAUCCCUCACACAGACACCGGCAGACCAGGUCGCAGGGAAACACAGGAGAGGGAAGACCCCAAAUGCACGACCCAACAUAGUCGAAUAAUUAACAUUAAAGGUUUAUUUAAAUACAACAAAACUCACUGCACAGCAGGAUCUAGUUCUAACACAAAGGAAGUAAACUAAAAGCAAUGCAGGAAAACACUAUGAAACAAACUAACUCACUAAACACUAAAUGCUCCGUACACUACGGGCAGAAACCUUCACAUGAACACAAUACAUAACACAGGACAAGUAAGAACUAAACCACAGCACUGUCCGUAACACGGGCAAAAUCCUAAACAUAAAACACAAGACACUCAAGGAGAAGGAACCUGUGUCAGCCAUGCUGGUACGGAAGGUGAUGGGUAAAGAGGAAGAGGACGGUGUGGAAGGUGCAGUAAGGGAGACGUCGCUGUUGGAUCUGACUCAGCUAGACGACAUGAAGUGCCAGGAGUUGCAGGGUCUAUUAGACUAGUUUUCAGCGUUGCUUUGUCAGAGGCCUGGGCGAACAGCGCUGAUACACCAUGCCAUCCACCUCACCGAUAACACGGCUUCCAGGCAGAGGCCAUACCGGGUACCAGAACGUUUGGUGGAUCCAUUGAAGGAAGAGAUUAAGACGAUGAAGGAUCUGGGAGUGAUUGAGCCCCCUACAAGCGAGUGGUGCAGUCCAGUGGUGAUUGUCCCGAAGAAGGACGGGUCCAUCCGUGUCUGCAUCGACUUUUGGAAGCUCAACGCCCAAUCCCAGUUCCACGCCUACCCGAUGCCACGGGUAGAUGACCUCUUGGAACAAGUGUGGAAGGCCGAAUUUAUAACUACUUUGGACCUCUGCAAGGGCUACUCGCAGGUUCCCUUGGAUCCAGUGUUGAGGCCUUACACGGCCUUUCAUGUGGGCUGUACGGGGCUCCAGCCAUGUUCCAGAGGCAGAUGGAAAGGGUUCUAUAAGGAUGUGAGGAAUGGGCCGCUGCCUAUCUGGAUGAAGUUGUCAUCCACAAUAGCUCUUGGGAGGAGCAUCUGUCCCACCUUUUAUGAGUGCUGGAGAAGAUUGCUGAUGCUGGCCUGACCCUUAACAUUGGGAAAUGUGAAUGGUCAAAACAGGAGGCACAUUACCUGGGGUACCAUCUGGGCAAUGGAGAGCUAGGACCCCAGGUCAAUAAGGUGGAGUCCAUCUGCCAGAGCCCAAGGCCGAAGACCAAGAAGGAGGUGAGGUUGUUUCUGGGCCUAGUGGGAUGGUACCGGACGUUCAUCCAUAGCAGCACCCCUAACGGAUCUGCUGGGUUAGGGGGUACUAAACAGCAUUUAGGGCCCUGAAGGAGAAGAUGUGCUCUAGCCCAUUGUAGCAGUGUCCGGACUUCCCCCAAGCUUUCCUGGUCCAAGUAGACGCGUCAGCUGCGGGUCUAGGAGCCGUUUUGGUCCAGGGGGCCAAGGGAGAAGAAAAGCCGAUAGCUAUUACAGAGAGAGACCCGCAAUUUAGCAAUAGAGAAGGAGUGCCUGGCCAUCAAGUGGGCCUUGGAAAGCUAGGGGUACUACCUCUUGGGAAGGACAUUCAACAUCGAAACACACACACACACACACACACACACACACACACACACACACACACACACACACACACACACACACACACACACACACCAGGAUUCACCCGCACCAGCUGAUUGGCCGCAGAGAGCGGGUGCACACGCAAUCGUGCGGGCAUUUGGACAUUUCACCACCAUCUCAUCUUGUUACGCCGUUACAUCCUGGACUAACCGCAUGCACUUUACACUUUUGGGUUUUGAUUUCCACCUUGAUUUCCAACCACCUAGUUGUCCUUAUCAUUUCUUUUGCUUGUUGCACCCGCAGGUUUUUGGAGCACUUGUAAAUACUGCACCUCGUUUUUUGCACUGUACUUUUGGGCUGAAUAAACUCACCAUCUGCGAGCAAGCCAUCAUUCCCUUGGUUGUUUUUGCACGUUGGUCCACAUCUUGAGUGAGCAGCAGAGCGAAUGGGAACGGAGAAACCCACAUUCAAGACUGACGGCGAAGCAACUAGUAGCUCAGUGUUCCAACAUCCACAAACGGCAACUGCUAUCACAGCUUGAGAUUGACGAGAUACAACACAAAUGCUACGGCAAGGGGGAGCCAGGACGCCAGGUCAGAGGGGAAGUUCCACCAUCUUCCCAACUGGAAAUUGGGUACGAAGCCCCAAUGAGCACAAAUACGCUGAGCCAGGCAGCAACUGACCUAAAAGAUAAGAUCAUGGCGAGAUUGAACAGGCAACCCCGAAGCCAACUACGACGGCUAAGAGAAGUACCAUCAGAAAGUCUCAUGGAAGAUGUGAAUGCAGCAUUGAGAGCGAUCCCUACCACAACAAUCACAGAAACCAAUGAGCUGAUAUACGCUUCAGCAUCAGUGAUCCUAGAGGUGCUUGGCUAUAAGAGCAACCAUGGGAGCCACAAGAAACAAUACCCACCAUGGAAACGAAGGUUGGAGGCAAAAAUCAAGGCAGCUCGGAGGGAAGUGAGCCAAAUGACAGAGGCCCAGAGAGGUGCAAUGAAAAGAUCGAUCCCCAAGAGCCAGAUGCCCAUACCUGAAGCACUCUAAACUGCCAAGCAAAGGCUACAAACCUUGGACAGCCGUCUAAAGAGAUACACCAGAGAUAAUGAAGCCAGACGAAUAAACCGGCUGUUCGCAACACAUUCUGCGAAAGAGUACUCUCAAUGGCAGGGUAAUAACAACAGAGCAGACCCACCAAGGCUGGAAACUGAAAAGUACUGGAAAGGGAUAUGGGAGAGGGAGGCAUCACACAACAGCAAUGCACAGUGGCUGGUGAACCUGAGGGAAGACCACAGCAACCUCCCUGAACAGAAUCCAGUGACUAUCACAGUGGCAGACAUCCAACAAAGAGUCUCAGGUAUGAAAAACUGGACAGCACCUGGCCCUGACAUGAUCCAUGCCUACUGGCUAAAGAAGCUCACUGCAAUCCAUGAGCGCCUGGCACCACAAAUGAACCAGCUGCUAAGGGAUGGGACCCACCCUGAAUGGCUAACCAAAGGGCGAACGAUCCUGCUAAUGAAGGAUCCCUCAAAGGGUACAGUCCCAUCCAACUACCGGCCAGUAACCUGUCUCUCCACAACAUGGAAGCUCAUGUCAGGCAUCUUUGCAGCUAAGAUAAGUGGGCACAUCGGUCAAUACAUGAGCGAAGCACAGAAGAGAAUUGGUAAGGAUACCAGAGGAGCCAAACACCAACUCCUGGUAGACAGGACAGUCGCCCAAGACUGCAGAGUGCGACACACCAACCUGUGCACAGCCUGAACAAGAACAGAGGAAAGCCGUAGUGGUGGAUGUGGCAAUACCAAGCGAUGGCAACAUCAGGAAAAAGGAACAUGAGAAACUAGAUAAAUACCAAGGGCUCAGAGAAGAACUGGAGAAGGCUUGAAGGUGAAGGCCAUAGUGGUGCCUGUGGUGAUCGGAGCACUGGGGUCAGUGACCCCCAAAUUGGAGGAGUGGCUACAACAGAUCCCUGGAAAAACAUCCGACAUCUCAGUCCAGAAAAGUGCAGUCCUAGGAACAGCAAGGAUACUGCGCAGAACCAUCAAGCUCCCUGGCCUCUAGUAGAGGACCCGAGCUUGGAAAGUGGAUGAGACCCCCUGCGGAUGGUGAGAAUAGAGUGGUAUAUACACAACCUGUUUACAGGUUGGUAAACAGGUUGAGCAGGCAAAGUAAAGGUUCAGGCAAGAAAUUCCCAACAAAGGGCUAAGCAACAGGUAAGAAAGUCCAGAGCGCUGGAACGUUGUAGUAUGACUCACGAUCUGGCACGUAACUGGUGUAAGGCUGGUGACUAAAUAUGGAAACACUGAGUGCUCGAUUGGCAACAGCUGAGGUUAAUGAGGGGAAGUAACGUUAGCACAAGACCUGGUAGCACCAACCACCAGAAGUUGCCAAAUUAAACCAGGAUAUGCACGUGACAGAGCCCCGGACUAUGACAAUAUAUAUAUAAAAUGGAAUAACACAACCAUCAGCCACCUCCUCUACAUGGAUGACAUCAAGCUGUAUUCCAAGAUUGAAAGGGAAAUCACCUCCCUGAUACAUACCACCAGGAUAUACAGCAGACAUUGAAUGUCAUUUGGACUGGAUAAGUGUGGUCGCAUUGAGAAGAAAAAUAAAAGGUAUUCAGGACUGAGGGGAUAGAACUACCAGAAGACAAGAUACAGUAGCAGAUGUGGAGGAUAGCUACAAAUACUUUGGAAUCCCACAGGCAAACAGUAAUCACAAAGGGGCCGCAAGGAAAACAGCAACCACUAAGUACUAAGUAAAAUUGCGGGAGUGCUGGCGGAAUUGGGGGGGUGAAGAUGGGUUCUAUGAUGUCUUUGAGGUAAGAACGUGCAGUGACUGCGCCAUCUACAUCAACCAAAUUCGUAUUGCGCUGACUGGUGAUGCCUGCCCAGAUUGUUGCUCCUCCUCCACUAAAGCUAACCCUGGGGACCAUGUUGACCUCAGCGUAUCACUGACCUCACUUUCUCGCCUUGAUGGUAACGACCAUCAUUUCUGUGCAAGGUGACCCGACACUCAUCAGUGAACAGGACGGUACACCACUGAUGCAUUGUCCAGGUCACAUGGACUUGUACCCACAAACGUUCACAGCAGCGUUAUCCCUAAUAUAUUGUGUUUUUAAUUUUUAAUCGCAUUAACUGCAUUAGUUUUCUGCGAUUAACUGUGAUCAACGCAUUCAGAGAAGCAUUUAUUAAAAAAAUGAUGGUUCGCCUUGGGGAGCUCAAGUGCUGUCAUUCGUUGCCCGGGUGCAUCCCCGGAAGCUGACGCCCUAGGCGAGAUCAAGCUUUAGUGCCCUCUACUCACUACCUCUCCAAUCCCCCCUGGGACGCGACCGUGAUUGGUGAAUCGGGGGACGCAUAGCCGCGAUUACCCCCCGGCUCACCAAUGUGAUUUUGUGCCGGGGGGGGCAAUUGUUUCGGUGCUCUAGGCGAGAUUGUGAUUGUGCGCCCUUCUCCUCCGCUCCGGGCGUGUUUACGAACAUGUUUUUUUCUGAAGGCUUGGAGCGGCGCGUGUUGGAUCUAUUCUCUCAUCUGUCAACAUAGUGAUGAAUAAUGAUUUUAAACAACCAGGCAGGUUCAUAUCCUGCGAUGGGGAGUGUGUGCUCAAUAACAUCUCAUUCAUCAGUUUACAGAUUCCCAUUACUGUUACUGGGGUUCUGUAUGUCAGAGUAUUUGUGGUGGCUGUGGCUCAGGCUCGUGCUAUGCGGUCUCAUAUUGCAGCCGCCCCACACCUGCGUUCAGUGACUGUAACAGCUAAGAAUUCUGAGAUCAAAGCACCCAGGACUCUGGGAGUUGUUAUACUUGUGUUUAUUUUAUGCAUUUGCCCAUAUUUUUGUGUCACAGGCAUGGACGCUGUGGUCAGCGCUUCCUCAAGCUUUUUGUUUUAUGUCUUUAUUACUUUAAAUCCUGCCCGAACCCGCUGGUUUAUGCUCUUUUUCACCCCUGGUUUAGAAAAUCUAUCAAACUAAUUUUAACACUUCAGAUUCUGAAGCCUGGCUCCUGUGAGGCAAAUAUGCUGCACUGAGACAUAGAAAAGUAAACUGACCUUUUCUGUUAGAGAGACACUAAUAAGAUUUCUGUAAAAUGACAGCUUUGCAUUUUUCUGUUUUACCUUUUAGCUUUUGGAUGUAAAGUGUAUUUAGAGUAAUGGUAAUAUAGUAAUAAAGCAAAGUAACUUUUCAUGCCACUCCUUUGUAAAACAAAAUAAACUAAGCAUGUUAAAAUAUCAAGGAAUGUGUAUUUAUUGUUUUAUAUACACAAAAAAACCCACCAGCCACGACACCGUGGAUUAUUAUCUAGAGAGCGCUGCAAGCUGGAUAAAGGUAAGGUACGUGUCCUUAACAGAGGAGGGGUUAAGGACGUACUUUACCUUAAGACAGAGAUUGUUGGUCAGAGCUGCCAGAGCUCAGCAGCUUCUCUCUGAUGAUGAUGGAGGAGGAGGCUGAGCUCUGCUUCCCACAGCUCAACACCUCCUGCUGGAAACCAAAGCGUCCCCGCUCUCAUUCUGUGCUCAUCUACACUGUUCUGUGCUUCAUCUCUGUGCUGACUUUGACUCUGAACCUGUUGGUCAUCGUCUCCAUCUCACACUUCAAGCAGCUCCGUACUUCCACCAACUUCCUCAUUCUCUCUCUGGCUGUGUCAGAUUUCCUAGUGGGCCUCAACAUGUUACAUCAAAUUAAUCUUGUAAAUGGUUGCUGGCUCUUCAAUGACCACAUGUGCACUCUAUAUUUUGUUGUAGACUGGCUUGGUCCCUCUACAUCAACAGGAAUCAUGGUGCUCAUAUCUGUUGACCGUUAUGUGGCCAUCUGUCACCCUCUGCAUUACUCCACCAAGAUCACACCUAAAAGAGUUCAGGCGUGUGUGUUACUGUGCUGGUUCUGGUCUCUGGUCUAUGUCAGCAUAAGGAUGAAAGAUGAAUUACAACAACCAGGCAGGUUUAAGUCAUGUGAUGGGGAGUGUGUUUGUUAUAACAGUGUUAUUUACCAGCUAAUGGACUUUAUUAUUACAUUCCUUCUUCCUAUUACUAUUAUUGUUGUUCUGUAUAUCAGAGUAUUUGUAGUGGCUGUAGCUCAGGCUCGAGCCAUGAGGUCCCACAUUGCAGCCUUCUCACACCAUCGUUCAGUGAGUGCAACAACUACAAAGUCUGAGUUGAAGGCAGCCAGGACUCUGGGUAUCGUUAUAGUUGUGUUUAUAAUAUGCAUGUUUCCAUAUUUUUGUGUCACGGUCACAGGCGAGGAUGCUGUGGUCAGUGCUUCAUCAGCGUCAUUUCUUUUAUUCCUGUACGACUCCAACUCCUGCUUCAACCCCCUGCUGUAUGCCUGCUUUUACCCCUGGUUUAGAAAAUCUAUCAAGCUUAUUGUUACACUUCAGAUUGUGAAGCCUGGCUCCUCUAAGAUCAACAUGCUGUAGAGGGAAGAGAUUAGAUUAAACCAGAAUUCCACAGCAGCCGUAGUGUCCACCAGAGCACUAUUGCUCGUCUUUUUGGUGAUAACACGCAUGUUAAUCCACUGCCCAGUUCUGCAUCCUCUGUUUGAGAGUGUGUGCGGGUGUUUAACGUAACAGAACAGAUGUUCGUGGUGGCUCAGUGUCAGGCCUGUGUGAUAAAGACUUGUAUUGUGGCUGUAUCACUUUAACGUCAGUAAAUCUUUCAGCUCAAUAGUCUACGUGGAUGCAGCUACGCUUGUGUUUCUAAACGUGUUUGUGUCAGCGUGACAGUAAAAGUCUGUGUUGUAUCUAUUCUUUGAUCUAUGUCAGCAUAGUGAUGAAAAAUGGCUUCAAACAACUGGGCAGGUUUAGGUCCUGUGACAGGGCGUGUGUGCUCACCAGCAAAAAUAUUCAUCAAGUAAAAGGUUUAAUUUUUAUCUGUCUCAUUCCAAUUACUGUUAAUGUGGUUCUGUAUAUGUACUGUAAGUAUUUGUGGUGGCUGUGACACUCAGUUUGUGAGUCAAUUUCACUGCUUUCCCCUAUUUCU